AUGUGCUUAGACUCGUACUUCACUUGUGCUUACUGGUGUGUUAAAGGUCAAUGCGUUGCUGAUACAGAAGCUCCAUCUAGGCCGUCUGAUCUUUGCCCUCAAUUAGAAGAACCCAAUUUCAACUGUGAUGCAAGUCUAUGUAGCCUCUAUGGAUCAACCAGUACGGCUAAAUGCUGUGCCACUUGUACACAGACAACAUCGCCGUUAACGUCGCCGACCACUUCUCCAACGACGUCUCCCACAACCUCACCGACAACGUCUCCCACCACGUCCGCCACUACGUCUCCGACAACGUCUCCCUCUACCUCUCCGACAACUUCUCCCACAACCUCACCGACAACUUCUCCAACUACGUCGCCUACUACUUCUCCAACUACGUCGCCUACAACUUCUCCAACUACGUCGCUUACUACUUCUCCGACAACAUCUUCAACCGUCUCUCCGACAACUUCUCCGACAACAUCUCCAACAACUUCUCCGUUGACUUCUCUGACAACUUCUCCGACAACAUCUCCGACAACUUCUCCGUUGACUUCUCCGACGACUUCUCCGACAACAUCUCCAACAACCUCUGCGACCACUUCCCCAACGACUUCUCCGACAACAUCUCCGUUAACCUCUCCGACAACAUCUCCAUUAACCUCUCCGACGACAUCUCCCACAACCUCACCAACAACUUCACCAACGACACCGGCUAUCGUUGAAGUUGUGGAGGAAUCCCCUAUAACCUCACCGGCCACUUCUCCAACGACACCGACUGUAGUAGACGCACAACAGAGUCGCUUGCAAGCACUGAUUGGAAAAGUCAAUGAUCGUUGUAGUAAUCGUCGGUCCAGAAACUGUCUCAUCAUGCAAACAGUGAUCGGAGUGAUAGAUGCGCGUUGUGGAAACAGUCAGACCCGUAGCUGUAACACCGUACGACGUCUUCUCGAAAGGUUCCUACGUCGUAGACUCCGACAAUUGCGGAACAGGCACAGCAGUGAAGAGGACGACGAUUAGGAUAAGAAUGGUAAACAUAUUUUAUAAACAGAUUCAGAAAUAUAUUAAAGAAUAGACUUACACCUAUUUGCCAUCUUUUAAAAUAUUUUAUUUUAUAUUUCUAAUAUUUUGUUAUAUUGUUAUAUAAGGAGUGUGUGUGCGUUAUUUAAUUAGCCUUGACAUGGAAUGGGGUUUAACUUCCAACUGGUCUACUUAGACUUUGCACACGUCAUACAGUUUGCUCUGAGGGACAUUUUGCUCGGAUAGCGGCAUUAUGCUCUACUCUUAUCGAAUUCCGCCUGACAAGGGAUAUUUUACGUGCACGCCAAUGUGUACACUGGACCGCGGGUUUUCGUCCAACCCGAACGACUAUACGUUGUCCCUUGCAAGUUCAUCCCUUCUGCAACACUGACAAGGGGCAACCACGCCGAAAAAUCCAGAUGAACUUUUUUGUCCUUGCAACAACGGGAUCGAACACGGGACCACCAGAUUAGCGAGCCAAAAUCUUACUCACUGAGCCACCGCGGCUCCUCCACACACAUAAAACAGUGUCAUAAUGCUUUGAAGCUCAUAGGUCAAUCACAAACGUUUUUAAAUGUUCAC